CUCGGGAGCGCGGAGCCGCCGCUGUUCGCCUGCGCCGCGCCCUGAGCUGCAGACAGACCUGGAGCCCCCGCCCCUGCCCGACUGCUCAGUGAGUGAGCCGGGGGGCCGGGGGUGGGAGGCGCGGGGCAGCGAGCCCGCCGCCGCCAUGCCCUUCUCCAAUAGCCACAACACGCUGAAGCUGCGUUUCCCGGCCGAAGAUGAGUUCCCCGACCUCAGCGGCCACAACAACCACAUGGCCAAGGUACUGACCCCCGAGCUGUACGCCGAGCUGCGCGCGAAGAGCACCCCGAGCGGCUUCACGGUGGACGACGUCAUCCAGACCGGCGUGGACAACCCAGGCCACCCCUAUAUCAUGACCGUGGGCUGCGUGGCCGGCGACGAGGAGUCGUACGACGUGUUCAAGGAGCUCUUUGACCCCAUCAUUGAGGACCGGCACGGAGGCUAUAAGCCCACCGACGAACACAAGACGGACCUCAACCCCGACAACCUGCAGUGCGGGUGGCCCGGGGCGAGGGGGCCGGCGGGGUGGGGAGGGGCCGCCCGGCGCUCAGCCCUGCUUGGCCCCCAGGGCGGCGACGACCUGGAUCCCAACUACGUGCUGAGCUCGCGGGUGCGCACGGGCCGCAGCAUCCGCGGCUUCUGCCUCCCCCCGCACUGCAGCCGCGGGGAGCGCCGCGCCAUCGAGAAGCUCGCCGUCGAAGCCCUGUCGAGCCUGGACGGUGACCUGGCUGGGAGGUACUAUGCGCUCAAAAGCAUGACGGAGGCGGAGCAGCAGCAGCUUAUCGACGACCACUUCCUUUUCGAUAAGCCCGUGUCGCCCCUGCUGCUGGCCUCGGGCAUGGCCCGCGACUGGCCCGACGCCCGCGGCAUCUGGCACAAUGACAAUAAGACCUUCCUGGUGUGGAUCAACGAGGAGGACCACCUGCGGGUCAUCUCCAUGCAGAAGGGGGGCAACAUGAAGGAGGUGUUCACGCGCUUCUGCAACGGCCUCACCCAGAUUGAAACGCUCUUCAAGUCUAAGAACUACGAGUUCAUGUGGAACCCUCACCUGGGCUACAUCCUCACCUGCCCGUCCAACCUGGGUACGGGUCUGCGGGCCGGGGUGCACAUCAAGCUGCCCCACCUGGGAAAGCACGAAAAGUUCCCCGAGGUGCUCAAGCGGCUGCGGCUUCAGAAGCGAGGCACAGGCGGUGUGGACACCGCCGCCGUGGGCGGGGUCUUCGACGUCUCCAACGCGGACCGCCUGGGCUUCUCGGAGGUGGAGCUGGUGCAGAUGGUGGUGGACGGGGUGAAGCUGCUCAUCGAGAUGGAGCAGCGGCUGGAGCAGGGCCAGGCCAUCGAUGACCUCAUACCGGCCCAGAAGUGAGGCCCUGGCUGCACCUGCCGCCUCCACCAGCUCCUCCGCUGCUUCCUAACUUAUUGCCGAGGCCGUGCCCACCACGCGCCCGGAGGCUCGCUGUGUGGGGGCUGAGCCCUUAGCCUUGCUGUAGAGACUUCGUCGCCCUCGGUAGAGUUUAUUUUUGUGAUGGCUGAGAUGUUGCUGAUGCUGAAAUAAACUAGAGUUUUGGCCUGUC